GUAAUAAUAAACAAUUGGUAUAAAAAAUAGAAAAGAAGUCCAGGUGGAUGCCAACUAAGUACCAGACCGCAGAAGCCGUCCCCGUUCAACUUUUCACACGCAUAAUUCUCUCUUUCUCUCUCCUCUCUCUCUCUCUUAAAAACUGUAAAACUCGAAAAACACGCAUUCGACAUUUGUAAAUUGUAAGCAUUCUCAAAAAGCAGCAACCUAAUCCAGUUAACGUGCCUAUUUGUUUGUUCUCCUUUAAAAACCCUAAUCCUCCAUUUCCAUUUUUGGAGAAACACAGAGAAUGGGGAUACAGAACGGAAUCGCCAAUGGAAAUGUACUGGAGGAUCUGUUAGAGAAGGCCGGCGGUUGCGCCGUCGUCGACGGCGGUUUCGCCACCCAGCUGGAGAGGCACGGCGCUCUCAUUAAUGAUCCUCUUUGGAGCGCACUUUGCCUUAUCAAAGAUCCUCAUCUAAUCACAAAGGUUCAUUUGGAGUAUUUGGAAGCUGGUGCAGAUGUUAUAGUAACCUCCUCAUAUCAGGCAACUAUACCAGGAUUUCUAUCAAGGGGAUUAUCCAUGGAAGAAGCAGAAUCAUUGCUCACAAAAAGUGUACAAAUUGCAGCAGAAGCCCGUGAUAAAUUUUGGGCCUCGGUAAAAUGGAAGCCCGAAAAUAAUCACAACAGAGCUCUCAUUGCUGCCUCCAUUGGGAGCUACGGCGCAUAUCUCGCCGAUGGAUCGGAGUACAGCGGCAACUACGGUCCAACCGUAACACUGGAAAAAUUGAAAGAUUUUCACCGGCACAGGCUGCAAGUUCUCGUUCAAGCGGGGCCCGAUUUGCUUGCUUUCGAGACCAUUCCUAACAAACUAGAGGCUCAGGCGUGUGUGGAGUUACUGGAGGAAGAAAAAGUGGAUAUUCCGUCAUGGAUCUGUUUCAGUUCGGUGGAUGGCGCAAAUGCUCCGUCGGGAGAAAGCUUUGAGGAUUGCCUUCGAGUUAUCAAUAAGAGCACUAGGGUUUGUGCUGUUGGAAUUAACUGCGCUCCACCUCAUUUUGUGCUUAGCCUAAUACAGAAAUUCAAAGAGUUGACUGGAAAGGCCAUUGUUGUGUAUCCUAACAGUGGUGAGAUAUGGGAUGGGAUUGCUAAAAGAUGGCUGCCAUCGAAAUGUUUCGAUGAUGAGAAAUUUGAGUUGUUUGCGGCAAAAUGGAGAGAUGCCGGAGCUAAACUAAUCGGCGGUUGCUGUCGGACAACUCCAUCUACCGUUCGAAGGGUUUCUCGAGUUCUCAAGGAGAAGAAAUGAUUUACAUAAACUAGGCUUAGUAAACAUUAUUGCAAUUCAAUGUUUUAUUGUUGGCUUUUGUAUUAUUUAUUUACUCAUAAAUUUACCCAUUUUUGUUGUCCUAUAUAUAGAUACAUUUCAAUUGUUACUUC